AUGGGUACCAACUACGGCAGCCGAUUGGGGUUUGCUUCGCCUAGGCCGCUAGUGCCUCUGACAACCGCUUCUGCCUUUAUGAGAACUCAGGCCCCUGAAAACUGCCAAAGCGCCGAAGAAGAGAAGAAGAAGAAGGAUUUGUCCUUGCGAAAUUCUUCCCACUGUAUGGCUGUGGGUCUCUUUGGCCGAGUGGUGGCUGAUGAGGGCCAUAUGUUGAAAACAAUAUCCACUCGUGUCCAUCAGUCAGUAGCACGCCUUGGGGUCCCGCGACAGUGGUUUCUAACUGCGACCCCCAUGAUUAACAGAGUGAUAGACAUCUGUGGGUUCCUAACAAUCCUCUACACGGAAGAGUGGGACGAUAUUGCGGCCGCGUCACCGGGCUCAGGCUACGAAGAAAGUGACGACCUCCUGGCUCCCUACCAGCAAUAUGCCGCCAAAGAUAUCGGGAAGAAGUAA